ACUGUACAGAGCGGCCUGUAUAUCCGUGCGAGAGCGAAUCGGUGCGAUCCGCAGUGGUACGCGACGCGCAGUGGUACAAUGUGUGAUACGCAGUCGGUGUCGGUGGUGCUGUUACACGCUGCUGUGUAACGGUAGUAGGGGGCCCGUGGUGGCCCGGUCAAAUAAAAGGCACGGUCCCCCACCUGAGAAGCCACUCGACCUCGAACCUCAGCCGUCACUUCUGGAUCUUUCCGACUGAUAAGGCGCCGCGAACGCCGCCUCGAAUGAGCAAGUACGAGAUAUCGGCUACCUCGCAGUCGAUCGGGCCUGUAUAUUUCGGACUGUUUCAGAGCCCACCGCUAAUAGCAUGGAAGUCGCGGGGAGGCCGAAGCCGCUGCUCAAAGACUUGAACGAACAUAUCAUGUGCGGUUUGUGCCGAGGAUACCUCAUAGAUGCCACGACCCUCGUGGAAUGCCUGCACUCCUUUUGCAGAGGCUGCAUCGUUCGGCUGUACAGCGGCGCCCGUGCGUGUCCAAUUUGCGGCGUGAGGACUACGCCGCCGCUCCUGCCGGACACGCGUCUCCAACGACUAGUGUACCUCGUGGUGCCCGGGCUCUUCCGUUCGGAACUCCAACGGCGACGUCAGUUCCGCGUGGUGAACCCAUUAUGCCCGCCGUUGCCGCCUCCGCUCGGCGCCAUCAACCUCACGUUGGACGACUUUGUCAGUCUGAGUCUGGAGCAGCUGGACGAGACUAUAUGGGAGGUUGGCCAGAACAGAGUGCGGAAGAGACGCAACGUCGUCUCGUCGGCAUGUCGCCCGUGGAACGAGGAUACCGUGAACGAGACGUCGCAAGGCGACGACAAGAUGCGAUACCUCAAAUGUCCGGCAGCCGUCACGGUGCGUCACCUGGUGCGGCUGCUGAUGCUGAAGAGAGGCUGGGAGGAGACUAACUUGUCGGUCGUCCACGGCAUCACGAAAAUCGAGAUCAUGUACCAUCGCAUCGGGACGCGUUCUCGCGAGAAGAUACACCGCCUCAACCCCUUUUGGACGCUUCUGGACCUCGCAUGUAUAUUCCGCUGGAAGAGGAUGGCGCCGAUGAAGCUGGUCUACCGAUUGGUGCGAAAGGAGGAAAUGCUCUCGAUAUCGGAGAUCCCGUCAAACUACGUACAGCCGAAGGAAGCUCAACCGGCGAUCGAGAAUAUACCAAGACCACCGACACCACCGCCCAGUCCGAAACCUAGUCGCGAGCCGGAAGUGGAAGCUCGCCCGACCCCGGAAAGCAACACAAAGCUACCUCGCGCUCUGGAAAGCAGCGUCGAUCCAGAUAAAGAGACGAAGUCGAAAAAGCCACGCUGUGAGGUGACACCAGUUAUGCGAACCCCCGAUCCACCCGCCAGUCUUUCAACAAGAAACCAUCAUCACUCAGAGGGAAGCACGAGGAGCAAAGACAUGGGCAGGUUGGAACAUCGGAAACGGCGCAAGCGGCGAAACAAACGGGUGAUUGCGGAGAUCACCACGACGCCGCGCGAAGACCUGUUGAAGCUGAAAGUCAGACUGACACCGUGCCCGCCGAGAAUCACUUCCAGCGGGGGUAGCAGCGGUGGAGGCGGCGGUAGCGGUGACAGCGGGCGUUCGAAGGAGAGGUUGCUGCAGUUGCGGGCAGUGAGGCGCGAAAAGCUCAAGGCUAUCAGUAAGCAACGGUCAGCUGCUAUGCGUUCUUCUCCGUCGGUUUCUCCUCCCUUAAUCCAUUCUCCAGACUGUGAAGAAACAAGUGCCAAGGAUGGAUACGCGGUAGAGACAGAGGAAACGAUCGAGGAUAUCAUCGACAGCAUCCCCGACGAGGUCGUGCGCAUCGCGCAGAGUGAAGAUAACACUGUCGUUGAACGAGUCGCGAUCAAAAACGAAGUAGAGGCGAAGGAAAGGGAAGAGAGGGAGAAGGAGGAAGCGAGGGAGAAAGAAUUGAGGGAGAAGGAAGCGAGAGAGAAGGAAUUGAGGGAGAAGGAAGCAAGGGAGAAAGAAGCGAGGGAAAAGGAAUUGAGAGAAAAAGAAGAAGCGAGGGAGAAGGAAGCGAGAGAAAAAGAAGUGCGAGAAAAGGAAGCGAAAAAAUCGAAGAGUAAGAGCGAAUCGCCGGAACGAACGAAGAGAAUAACGGAGUCUCCGAAGAAAGACGAAGAGAUCCUACGGCGGCUGGGUCUGGUCGCAGUGAACGAGGCUAUCGUCGGACUACGCGACAAAAUGAAGCAGCGCUCGCAGCACAGUAUCGACAAAGCGAACAGUCUGGAUCGCGAAAGGCUAGAGAAACAGUUGCGCGAGAGCAAGGCUAACCGUGUCCGGAGCCUGCUCGCGGAGAAACAGUUGCGCGACGCGCUCAAGAGCAUCAUGUCCAAGACAAACGAGGAACGCUCGUCCGUUAGCAGCACGUCCGUCCCUGCAAGUGCUGCUGCAGCGACCGCUUCCGCGACUGUUCCCGCGGCAGCCCCCGCGGUAACAGUCGCGGCAAUUCCUGAGGUUACUUCUGCAGCCAUCCCCCCGGCAACUACUCCUGCAAAUCCCUCGCCCGCACCCGCAACCGCGCCAAAGAAGAAGGGUCCACCACCGUUGGCACCUUUGCGCGUCGCAAAGCCCUCUGGCUUCGCCACGACCAGCGGCAUGCUGGUGUCCAAUGCUUCCAAGUACGAGACGCCGUUGGACCUCAGUAGCGGAGGUACCGUCAACGACAACGUCCUUGAUCUGUCCGCCACAUUGACUACCGGCAGUAGUCUGCCAAUUUCAUCUUCAUUUUCAUCAUCCACGUCCUCCUCCUCCUCCUCCUCCACCUCCUCCUCCUCCUCCUCUUUGUCCUCUUCCUCCUCCUCCUCCUCCUCCUCUUCCUCCUCCUCUCCUUCUUCCUCCUGCUCUUCCUCAUCUUUGUCCUCCUCGUCGUCGCCAUCAUCGAGGCCGCGCCCUGUGAUAAUCUCUGAUACCAUAAUUCGCAAGGCCAAGGAUCCGGAUCAACGCAAGGGGCAGGAGUCAAACCUAAAGACCCUCUCGGAAGCUGCGGUGUCCGUCUUGGGCAGCUGCCUGACUGGGAAAGAGCAGACGGAGCCGCUCGCGUUAGCUCCCACGAACAUCGCCGCUGCCAACAAGGUCGCUCUGCGCAUUCCUCAGCCGCAUCAACGUAUGUCCAGCUUCCGCGUGAAGGUCAUCAAGCCGAACCUCGGCAUCCGGCAAAUCCCGAAUCCCCAGGCAGUGGUAGCCUCCCAGUAUCGUAAUCAAAGGUCUACUUUCUUCAACACUGUCUCCCAGCAGCCGCCGUAAAUGUCUAAUUUAUUUUUCUCUGUUUUUCUCUCUCUCUCUCUCUCUCUCUCGUCCGUUCUUUCCCUUGCUCCCUCUCGUCUACCUAUCACCCUCCCCACCCUGCAGCCGUGUCUUAUUUUCGUCGCGUCUCAACGUCGACGAAGAGACUAAACGACGAACGUCACGAGAGACGGAGAUUCCUAUAGGAUAUUCCCAAAGGCUGUAAGUUAUCCACGCGUUGUAUGUUUCCUUCUAGUUUCUGCAACGACGACGACAUGCGCGCAGUGACAUAAUUAGGUCGAAAAACUCAGGACGAUCUCAGAGCGGAGGGCACGCUGGCUCAUUCGCGACUUCUUUCGCGAUCUUAUUUAGAAACACAGAAAGUUUGUGUGACCUUGUAGACCCAGUCGUAAGUACCACCUUCUCUCAUUAUACCUUCUCAUUAAAUCAAAAUAUGAACAUCACUUUUGGACUUUUUUCGCGCAUUAAUCGCUUCGCGAUUUCCACGAGAAAACGAGAUCAGGUCACCGAGCAGAGAAAAUGUCUUUUAAAACAGUCACAUUUCUCACACAUCACGUUUGUAACAAUCGGUGACGGUGACGCACGGUCUCUCAUGGUCGUCCUAGUGUCACCUUCGACCCGAUUACGUCACGGCGCGUCUUACCCUUUACGACACAGUAGGGAAUCUGAUAUUGUGCGUCGGAUUAUUGUUACCUAGAUAUAUCAAAACUGUACAUGUCUGUAAUGCAUAUGCCUGACCUCUUUGUCGGCGGCGAUCUAUAUACUUACGGUUACCGCGGAUCGAUCUGAUAAGACGGGCUAUCGCGAAGAAUCCGUCGCGUGAUCAGUAUUCAAGGGAGAUGAAUUAAUCGCGUGUGUGUAGGUCGAGAGAGGGAGCGAAGGAGGGAAAGAGAGAAAAUGAGAGAUGGAGCGAGAGAGGAGGAGGAAGGGAGAGACAGAGAAGAAUUAAUAGUUGGGAUGGUAGUCGAAUGAAUGGACGACUAUGAUAACAGAGAGGAACAGGUGACAGGUAGUAGUCGUCGACGUCUGUUGUUGUCGCGUUAGGACCGUGUGAAUGCUCACAAUUGACGAGGAGAGACGUGCGAGCAAGGGGUUCGAGUCCGAUUCUCGAGUACUUGAAGAUUCAAUUUGCCGGCGAGAUUUCACUGGUAUUUAGCCCGACAAAGUGGGUGGGAUGGGGGAGGGGGGAGAUUGAGGUGGUCACGGAUUGGCCUAACAAGCCGAGUCUGCCGAGUUUGUUAUGUACAUAUAUAUUUAUGUAUAUUUUAUUUAAGUAUUAUGUCGCAUCUUAGAUAAUUUGUCGUUGUCGUUUGAUUAAAGCUUCGUUCAUCGAGAGUAUCGUUGAUCGAUGCUUACCGCGCAAUGUUCGCGCGACGUUACGCGUAUCCGUAGUUGUUGAGAAUUUUUUACUUAUCAAUAUGUUGUUUCACUCGCGGAAUGUUUUCGAAGUACGUUCGCUUUGAGCGAGAACGUCGCAAGUGCGCCGAAACAAUUACGAGACGUGAUCGGUCUCUGCUCUUUCUCUCUCUCUCUCUCUCUCUCUCUCUCUCUCUCUCUCCCUCUCAUUCUUUUGUUUCACGAUGGCUCCAACUAAUGAUUCCAAAGAUGUAAAUAACAUAAUUGAGUUCGACCGUACUGCACGGAGAGAGCGAAAGGUUGUUAUUGUCCAAGUGUCCACGGCGCGCGAUUUGAAAUUCGCUUCCACGAAAGCAGCUCGAGUCUCGAGCGAGCUAGACGAGAGCACAUUUCGCGCGCGAGUGUUCACACGGGUCUACGUCGGAUACUGACCUCCCCUUCAUUUUCUCCUCAUCCUUUUUACAAUUAGCAAAGUAUACACAUAACUCGUAGAGAUGCCAAAGAACACCGGAGAACGUGUGCAAUGUAUUAGUGCAAUUUAGUCGUCAUUUAAUAUAAUAUAUAAUCGAUCAGUCGCUCGGCGUCACAACGCUGAGCCACAAAUUCAUGGUAAAAGGUAGGUGGUAGUUAGGUUAGGUAGCUAGAUAGUCUCGUGCGGACAGUGCGUGUGUGUGCGUGCGUGUGUGUGUGUAUGUGUGUG